UAAAAGAAUUACAAUAUAUGGAAUGUUGAUAUUCAAUCAUUAUGAAGAGCAUUAUGAUUUAUUCCAAAUUGAGAUGAUACCAUGGUUAAAAGAAGGUAAAUUGAAAUAUAAAGAACACGUAGUUACCGGUAUUGAAAACGCUUCACAAGCUUUCUUGAAUAUGUUUAAUAGUAAAAAAUUUGGUAAGGUUGUUAUAAAAAUUAAUGAUUUCUAA